AUGGAUUUCCUGUGGAUAAGUGAAUUUUUAUAUUUUCAAUAUUUUAGUAUAUCAAUCAUACAAACAGCAGAAUUGGUUACAACGUUUCGAUAUCCAGAACAUAAUAAAGUAAACAUCUCAUGUUGGCAAACUUCAAUAAUACAGAUACAGAACAUCAGUGUUCAGGAAGAGGCAACGACAUGUGGUCCAAAUCAAUGUGUUUUAAAUUCCAAUGAUACUCAUAAUAUAGAAGACAGCUGUAAUGGUGUAAAUUCCUGUAUGGUGAAUUUCAACUUUACAUCAGCCUGUCUACGGGGGUCAAGAUACAUGAAUCUGUCGUACAUUUGUAAACACGAAAAUGGGACAAGUGUCAGUACUUUUGAUGAGGAUUUCGGAGAUUGGGAGGACGCAUCACCACAUAAUUUCAAAUGGAAACGUAUUCCAAAUGUGGAACAUCAUACUGCAGCAUCUAGAGGCUAUGUCAUAGCUGCAAAAUCUACUAUUGGUUUAAACAGUAGAGUACACAUUACUACAGUUAAUGAAUUCAUGGAACCUAUAUGCUUGUCACUUUGGUACCACCUGUAUACCAAAACUCAUACUUGCUCCUUUAGUAUAUACAAGAUUAAUGUCGAAAAUCACACUUUAUUAUUUACUACAGAAGGUAAAUCUACAUCUUUAAAUCAAUGGAUCAACAUAUCAAUAGAUGUAUAUGAACAAGUUCCUUUCAAGUUAACAUUGGCAGCAAACUUCACGGAUCGUAGUAAUGAUGCUAUUCUAGUGGAUGAAACAUCGAUAGCGUAUAGGCCUUGUCAAGGACAAAGAAUUGACACCACUUGCCAGGAUAUUGAUACACCAAUUGCCAUAGUAUGUGAGACACAGUUUCUUGCUGGGGAUAUAAAAUUAACGUUUCAACAAGAAAACCCAACCAUUCACCAGACUGAUUGCCAAGAAAAAUCUAUUGAAAAUGAUCUAAAUACAUUUUGUAGAAGCUGUAACCAAUCGGAUCAAUGUAAAUUUAGAGUGUUGGAUUUAAUGAACAAAUAUAAAGAUUGUACUGUUUUCAACAGCAAUAUUUCAGUGACGUAUCAAUGCAUGAACAAUUCUCAGACAACAACUAAUACGGAAAUUUCAACAGAGUCAAGAAUCCAAUCUGAAGAUACGAGAAGAGGAUUCUUGGGGUUUCUAGUUAAAUAUAAAGUUAUAGUAGCUGGUGUCAGCGGAGGCGUACUUGUUACUAUCAUAGCUGUGUUUGUAAUAUGUUGCAUAAAUAGAUCCACAACUAGUAAACAGGAAGCUAUAUCUGACAACGCUAGCAAAGCUUUUGAUCAAGAACUAGCCGAUCUAUAUGAUAUAUCCGACAAGGAUGAAACUUACGAUGUUUCCAGUAAUGAAAAACAAUUAAAACCCCAAAAUGAUAACAAUAUAUACCGUCAUAUUGCAGACAAUAUUUAUGAUUCCGGAAGUCAUCACAAGCUGACGAACAGAAAUGAAGAAACGUACGAUCAUUUCUUCGGAAAGCAAACUGAAGAUGAAUAUGACACCACCACUCGAACGUGAAUUUUACACGUUUAAACAUGGCAUUAGUGUAGUUUCUUGAUCGGCCUAUAAAGCAAACAAAUAUGAGGUCUUACUAACAUUUCUAUAAAUAAUGCAGACCUGGCAGAUGUAUUUUCAUUCAAAACAAUGGGCCAAAUGUGUAAAGAAAAAAAUUGUUGACAUGAUUCACAUUAAUUUCAAACAUUAAUCAUCCUUUGUUCAGAUUUAACAAAAUCAUGAUAACUUAGUUCAAUAACAUUACCUAGUAAUCUAAAGUUCUAACGUAUUUUCAUUUUUCAU